UCCAAAGUUUUCUUUUAACAUAAUAAGGUCACAGUGGAAGUAAAACUCUGUGUUGAUCCAUUCUUCAAUAUCUCCACAAAAAAAAGAAUGUCAUUUGAAGUUGUCUCAAAUCUCACAGCACCAGAUAAUGACCCUUCCAAUGAUGGUGUUCUUCGUCGAUCUGCAAACUUUCAACCAAGUGUUUGGGGAGAUUAUUUCCUUUUCUCUCAUAUCAACACAGAUAUGGACGACAUGGUCGGAAAAAAACUUCAAAAACUGAAAGAAGAAGUGAGAAGCAUGCUUGCAGCUGCUGAAAAGUGUUCAAAAAAAUUAAGUUUGAUUGAUUCAAUUCAACGCCUAGGUUUGUCUCACCACUUUGAAGAAGAAAUUAAUGAAAUUCUAGAGCAGAUGCAAAAUCSUCGCAGUCUUAAUGAUGAUGAUGAGGAUGUUGACAUCGUUGCUCUUAGGUUUCGAUUGCUUAGACAACGAGGUUACUCUGUUUCAUGCGAGAUAUUUAACCGGUUUAUAAAUGGAAAUGGAGAUUUCAAAGAAUCGAUGGUGAAAGAUGAAUGUGGUAUAUUAAGUUUGUACGAGGCGUCCCAUUUGAGAAUUAAUGGAGAAGAUAUAUUGGAUAAAGCAUUAGCUUUCACAACUACUCACCUUCAAGCAAUGGCCAUGGAUUCUAGCUCUCCUUUUGCAGAAGAAGCUAAAUAUGCUUUGAAAUGGCCAAUCUAUAAAGCUUUGCCAAGGUUCAUGACUCGGCACUAUAUCUCUCUCUAUGACAAUGAUCCAUUGAAGAGUAACGUGCUGCUCACUUUUUCAAAGUUGGACUUCAAUGCUCUGCAGAAACUUUACCAGAAAGAGUUGGUUGAAUUUUCAAGGUGGUGGAAGGAUCUGAAGUUGAUGGAACAAUUUUCUUUUGCACGAGAUAGAGUUGUGGAGUGCUAUUUUUGGACAUUGGGAAUAUACUAUGAACCAAAAUACUCUAAUGCUAGAAGAAUAUUGGUCAAAGUUAUUGCUUUCAUAUCCCUUCUUGAUGAUAUGYAUGAUGCAUAUGCUACACUGGAUGAACUUCAACUAUUCACCGAUGCAAUUGAAAGGUGGGAUAUUAAUGGCAUUGAUAAGCUUCCAAAUUACAUGAAAGUUAUUYAUGAAGCUAUACUUCAAGUAUAUCGAGAGGUUGAACAAGAUAUUGGCAAGGACAACAAUAUUCUAUUUGGACUUGAUUGUGCAAAAGAAUCAAUGAAAAGGCAAUGUAGAGCUUAUUUAGUGGAAGCGAAGUGGUUCCACAAAGGACAUGUGCCAAGCAUGGAAGAAUAUAUGGAAGUUGCUAUUGUAUCAGCUGCCUACUAUCUUUUUGCUUCGGUUUCCUUCCUUGGCAUGGGAGAUGUUGCUUCCAAAGAGGCUUUUCAAUGGGUUAUGAGCGAUCCUAUGCUUCUUAAUGCAACAGGAGUCAUUGGUAGGCUCGUGAAUGACAUAGCUUCCCAUAAGUUUGAACAAGAGAGAGGUCAUGUUGCUUCUGCGGUUGAAUGCUACAUGAAGCAAUAUGAAGUAUCAGAAGAAGAGGCGGUAGGUGAACUAGAAAAGCAAGUCAUAAAAGCAUGGAAAGAUAUAACAGAAGACUACAUGAAAUCUACCAGGUUUCCAAAUGCAAUCGUUGCAUGCGUGACUAAUGUUGCUCGACUCUCAGAUCUCUUUUAUAAAGAGGGAGAUGGUUACACAUUCCCUGAUGGAGAAACAAGACGUUUUAUUACCUCAAUCCUUAAGGAUCCGGUGCCUCUUUAGUCCAUCUACAAUAAUUGCUCAUCUUUUUUUAUUACAAAAGCUCUUUGCAUGCACUUUUUACUCCAASUGUAUUUGAGAGUGCUAAAUGUUGUAAGUAGUUGUGUUAUGUAUUUUAAAUUCACUCAAGUAUCGCAAAUACGAUAUGCUUAAUUUUAAUUAGAGUUUAAACAAUGAAAACAAGAGAAUAAAGUAACACAAGAUCAAACACAAUGGGAAACACUAAA